UUACCUAUGUGAGGACCCUGUAUAUCAAUACGCUGUUGUAAAUCAUUGGACUGGAAUUGUAGGCUAUGAACUUUGAACCUGAAAUAAAAUUGGAAUAACGAUCAAAACCACAAACAUCUAGAAAACAGAAAACUUCGCAAUGGAAUUUCAUCAUGGCCACAUUCACAAUCCCCAGAGCCGGUCGAAACUCUGUAAACAAACCAAUCUCUCGUGUAGGAGAAAUUUGUCCUUUGCCAUAUUGAUAGCUACAACUGGAGUUUUGUCUCUAAUAUCCAUAGCUGAGGCACAUGAUCAAAAUGCACCUCCUAUUUUGUAUGUGCGUGAGCGAAACUGGCGGAUUUCAGAAGCAGAAAAAGUUGGCCAAAUAAUUGAUCGUGUCCGGGCCGAAGAUCCCGAUGGCGAUGAGUUGAUAUUUGGUAUUGAACCGCGUUUUCUUUCUCCACAAGGAAGUGACGUAGGUGCCAGCAUACCGGAGAAACUGCCAUUUCAUAUUGAUUCACAAACUGGUGUUAUCUAUCUUAAUGAAAGCCUGAUGGGACGUGCCGGCCAGAACUUUCUUAUAUAUAUAACUGUCUCUGAUGGACGCUACACAGCGAAAAAUGAAGUUUUCAUUAACAUAUUGGGUCAGCGGGAGAAUAUGUACGGCUAUCGACCUCAGACGUCUAUCUCAAAUGUGGUACAGAACAUUUCGCAGUUUCUACCAUCGUUUGAUCAACUACCCGGCGUUCAAUCUAUCAGAAAUGCGCUGCCAAAUAAUCGAGCAACCUUUAAUUUCACGCCUGGACCUCAUGGAAGUAACGGUGGCAUAUUUAAGGAGCUGCCCUUCGGUAACUUUUAUCCACAAUAUCCGAGCCCAAAUGAUAGAACAGUAGCGAGAUCUGAGGUCGAAAACGGACCAACGACGCCCACGAUUUUAAGUUCAUCGACGGAGAAAAGUCGUACUAAACUCACCCCCAUAACCGUCAAUACUUCCACAAGGUCAGAGGAGUCCUUGACAAAGACGAUGAACGAUGGGAGUGGGAAUAGCAUAACCAUUUUUUCAAUCAAGUCAACCACCAUUCCUAUUGUUGUUACUAUUUGCGGUUUCAUCGCAACCAUUUCUGUCUUCAUCGGAUACAUUUGCCGGCAUCGUUUUUGUGCUAUUAGUAAAACUCUCAAGAAAUCAAAAGAAAAGGAGGAGCUGGCGAAGAAAUCUAAUCAAAGUCAACCAACAAACCCGCUGACUGAUGAUGGUCGAAAUUCAAUGGUAAUGCAACAGUGGCAAGGACCAGUCGCGUUUGCCAAUCGCUAUGUUGCUUGGGAGCUGGACCAACCGAUUACGACAGUUGCGACAUCGCAAUUAUCAACUAAUAUGACAAAUAUUGGAGAUGCUUCUGUUGUCGGACCUGCUUGCGGCAUAGCUGACCCGGUAGACAACUUAAUGCCAGUGAGUGUUAUGUCGGGAGGCAGUUCAGCGACGAUGGAGAGUGGUUUGGUCAGUGAUCGUUGGGAGUUCCCACGGUACCGAUUGAAGUUCUUCAAUAUACUGGGCGAAGGUGCUUUUGGGCAAGUUUGGCGCUGUGAAGCCACUGACAUCAAUGGUUUUGAAGGAAUUACAACGGUUGCCGUAAAAACCCUGAAGGAAAGUGCCACAGAAGUUGAUCGAAAAGAUCUAUUGUCCGAGUUAGAGGUAAUGAAGUCCCUGGAGCCCCAUGUCAAUGUAGUUCAGCUUAUAGGAUGCUGCACAGAUAAAGAUCCGACAUUUGUAAUAAUUGAGUACGUUAAUCGCGGGAAGUUACAAUCAUAUUUACGCAACUCAAGGGCCGAAAGACACUAUGGGAAUACACACGGAAAAUCGAAUAUAUUGACAUCAUGUGACUUAACUUCUUUUAUGUAUCAAAUUGCGAAGGGAAUGGAUUAUUUAACAUCCCGCGGUAUUAUUCAUCGGGACUUAGCCGCUCGGAAUAUUCUCAUCUCAGAAGAUCAUACAUGCAAAGUGGCUGACUUCGGAUUUGCACGAGAUAUAAUAACAUCAAAGAUUUACGAAAGAAAAAGCGAAGGAAAGCUACCAAUAAGACUAACGACAGUUAGUCUGUCUUUCUUUUUUAGAUGGAUGGCUACCGAAUCACUGUACGAUAAUAUAUUCUCCAUCAAAUCAGAUAUAUGGAGCUUUGGUAUUUUAAUGUGGGAAAUUGUAACACUGGGCUCGACGCCUUACCCCGGCAUAUCUGCUGCCGAUGUUAUGAGGAAGGUAAGGGAUGGAUACCGCCUGGAAAAGCCCGAACACUGUCGUAGAGAGCUUUACAAUAUUAUGUACUACUGCUGGUCUCAGGAUCCGCAUGAGCGUCCCUUAUUUGGGGAAAUAAUUAAUAUGCUUGACAAAUUACUGCACACUGAAAUGGACUACAUCGAACUCGAGCGGUUCCCCGACCACAAUUACUAUAAUAUUGUUAAUAUUAGUGGAGAGAAGUUGUAGUUCUUCACGCUUUACAUAUCACUCACCCUAAGAGCUUUAUUAUUACCAUAAGAUACCCCAGUACUCAUAUUAAAUAUAUUAAAUCAUUCACUCCAUUAAGUUAA